CAACGCCAGGACGUUAGCCAACCAGUACCACAUUUCCAGGGCUGACGCGCGGGACAUCGUACGGUUAUGCGGCUCUUGCGCCACAUACACACCCGUCGUAUCAACGGGAGUUAACCCCAGGGGAUUGAUUCCUGGCGACACUUGGCAAAUGGAUGUCACACAUAUGAUAGAAUUCGGAUCUCUUAAAUAUGUUCAUGUCUCUACGGACACCUGCUCUCAUAUUAUAUUUGCGACUGCUAAAACUGGCAAAAAGGUGUCUCAUGUAAUCAAUCACUGCCUGACAGCUUGGGCCGCAUGGGACAAACCAAAAAUAUUAAAAACUGAUAAUGGACCAGCUUAUACAAGCAGAGCCUUUAAUGAGUUCUGUGAAAAAAUGGGGGUACAGUUAAAACAUGGCAUCCCAUACAAUCCCCAAGGUCAAAAAAUUAUUAAAAGGGCUCAUAGGAGCCUUAAAAAAAUUCUACAAAAACAAAAAGGGGGAAUAAGUCAGGGCCUGCCCCCAAAGGCACGGCUCUCCAUGGCACUGUUCACAUACAAUUUUCUGAACCUGAAUAACAACAAUCACUCCCCGGCCAUGGAACAUUGUAAUCCAUCUCCUGGCAAUAGGGGAUGGGUGAAAUGGAAAGAUGUCCUGACGGGACAAUGGAUGGGCCCGGAUCCAGUAGUUAGCUGGAACCGAGGUGCGGUUUGUGUUUUCCCACAGGAACCAGGACGAGAACCAUUGUGGGUCCCAGAACGGCUGACGCGCGUGGCGAAUCCAACGAAACAUAAUGCAGGAGACACUCCAAAACUCAACGGCAGCGGACAGCCUAAUCAAGAUCGGUCCGACCAGGAUAUUGCUGCUCGACCGAGGAAUACCGUAUGACUUAUGGGACACAGUAAUGAUUAUGCUCUCGAUAGUAAUUGGCUCUCUUUUAGGGUACGGUGCAGCCAGAGUGGCUAGGCCACGCCGCCUUCCGGCAGCCCCCUUCCUUCUGGUUUUGAUGCUCACCACCACUACUGAAAUAGGAGCAGACUUGGUGUGGGCAGCAAUACAUCAUCCGCCAGCGCUAGCCGCUAUCUCCACCACAGCCCCCUCUCUCCCAAAGUUGUAUGCAAAAAACUGCUCCGCCAGAUUGCCUUGCAUACCAGAUAUACCGUUAACCAUCAGACCCAUACGUUUUGACCUUCCCAUCACCAAUGAUGUGGUCAUUUUUUCCACUAAUAGUAACCCCUCGUGUCACCGGGGAUCCUGCGUUAGCUUCCUGCCCCUCCUUGUAAAAUGGUACAAUACCUCCCUGACGGUGAGGUUGUCUGUCCCAUCCCUGCAUUCGCCUGGAUGUUUUAAAGCUGGCACACUUAGCGGCGGAGUCAUCACUUUUAACUCAACCUGCAAACCCCGAGCAGCCAUGCACACCCGUCCCGAUUUCCCCACAUGCCCAUACCGUGUGUCCCCAAGCCGAAAAAGACAGAUGGUGGACCUGUCACAACUUUCAUGGCAGCCCUGUACUGUCGACGGCGUGGGAGUGACUCAUCUAAACAUGUCUUGGUGGUCCCGGUUCUCUCCUCCAUCCGGUAGUAACAACAUAUUCGCGUUGACCUGGUGGGAGUCCUACCUGAGAGUGAACAACAAGUGGGCAAUAAGCUUCCCCUUCCCCCUUAAUGAAAAUUGGUUGUGCCUCUCCACCGGAGCCUGCAUGGACUUAAGACCCAUGCUCGCUAUUAACGCUUCUGCCUCUAAUGGAACCACCAAUGUCACCCUUAAUUCUGAGGCUGCAUGCGUAAAACCGCCCUACUUAUGGGUAUUCUCUGCUGACAUCUCCUUUAAGUGCAGUAACCAACCAUGCUUUACAGGGAACUGCUGAAAUGGGUCUUUCCCGUAUGCUAUGUUGGCUCUUCGACCCCCACUGAUGUGGGUUCCCUUUAACGAAUCUGUUUGGGUUCAUCCCGUCUAUCAGCAGGACCAACUACCCAUGCUCAGACGUAAGAGAGAUUUUGAGAUCACAGCGGCCCUGACAGCACUGUUCGUGACUCUGACUGCGACGGCUGUGACGGCUGCCGUUGCUCUGACCCAGUCUACGCUGACGGCUCAGGCCUUUACCAAUCUUACGGACACCACCUCCCUGGCGCUGAGGGAGCAACAAGAAGUCAACCUCCUCCAGCACAACGCCAUAAUGGCGUUACAGCAGCAGAUCGACCUAAUCGCUCAGGAAGUCCAGGGACUCUGGGAGGUGGCUAACAAUUUAUGUGACGCCAGAUGGGCAUUCACCCAGUUGUGCGUUACCCCCAUCCAGGUCAACCGUUCGGCUUACAGGCAAUUUCAGGAUUAUGUUCUCACCACCUAUAAUUCUUCCUUUUGGAACGCUAGCGUGCGCCUGGAUAUGACUAUCCGGCAGCUAGAUCAGAUAGAGGUGCCUAUACUUACAGCCUCCUUUUUUGAUGAUGUCCUAAGCCAGAUAGGCUCUUUCUUCAAACCUUCGUCACUUCUUGCGUAUGGGAUCAUUCUUGCUCUUGUGGCUGUCACUCUCGUGACUCUUAGGUGCCUGCGGUCGAUAAGGGCGACCCAAAAGACACAUAUGACAUUGAUGAUGUUGCUGGCCCAGAGUCAAGGGGAUUCCACACCUAGCGUUUUCUGGGCUCAGGCUAGAAAGGCACGGCUCCUUUAACCAGUACGUGGCUGCCCUCGCCAUUAUUCUUACGGAUGUUCUAGUAUUAUUACGUACGUCUCCUUCCCCGUCGCGGCUGCGAACUUAGACUAGAAGGACCCCACGCUUAAGGCGUGUUCCCAUUGAUAAUUAGAAAAUAGUAAUUAGUGAUUGUAGUGAACGGGGAUUAUGGUUGGUAAUUAGUGAUUACGCGGUUCCUCAAAUGUCACUCGGCAGACCCCUCCGUGUCUCCCCCAAGAUAUAAGCUUUAAGAGUUGAGUGGGCAAGCCAACGACGGGUAAGACGGGAGAAGUUCUCCUGAUCAACCUAAGACAGGCUCUACUCCAAGGGUCCUCUAGGGAGUAAGAGUUAUGACAUUGAGAUGCGAGACCAAGGGUACUACAGUGCCAUCCGCCUCAAGGGUUGAGGGGAAGGCAGGAAUGAAUGUCUAUAUGCAUCCAGGUUCGGUUCACAAAAGCCUGGCCCUGCGAAAAAAUGAACCACUCACCUUGAGCAUGGUCCUGGCGCAAGGAUAUGUACGAGACAAGGUGAUACACAGCAGGGUAUAGACCUCUACAUUCUCUCAUGCCUCGGCCUGCGAAAUAGGCCCACUCCCAGACACCUCACAUGGACCCACAGACCACACUAUCUUAAUAAAUAAAGAAGGGGGAGAUGUUGGGAGCCUGGCCGAGUGAUAUGAGGCCUGUGGUGAGGAGUGAAGCCUGAGCUAGAUUGCCCCUCCCGUCGACCGAGUGAUAUGAGGCCUGUGGUGAGGAGUGAAGCCUGAGCUAGAUUACCCCUCCCAUCGAGUAUGCCAAGAUGGCGCCCAUUUCCUGCUCCCUAGCUAGUAAACAACACGCCCUGUAAGCUAGUCUGCCCAGCAACAGCUGACGCUGGCCAAUCAGCUCGUCUUGCCUACUUUGAUGUGAUUGGUCGAUGUGUCCAUAUAUAUGCUGACACCACCCCUGGGGCGAAAACACACACACCAAGAAGAGGGACUGCUGAGAGAAGCACACAAGGAGCCGUAGGGAACGGACCAGAGGAGGCUUCCCUCAGGCGGGAUCCGAGAUCCCGGAACAGGGCGUACGGAGAGAGAAAAUAAACCAGAGGCUAUCCGCCGACUACUCGUGUCGUGUGUUUUUUCCUGCCGGCCGGGAUCGACACCGACAUUUGGUGGCCCGUACGGGGAACUGAUCACCCCCGAGACGAGGCGGACGACGCUCCAGUAUUGCUCUGCAGGACAGGAACCAGGACGAGAACCAUUGUGGGUCCCAGAACGGCUGACGCGCGUGGCGAAUCCAACGAAACAUAAUGCAGGAGACACUCCAAAACUCAACGGCAGCGGACAGCCUAAUCAAGAUCGGUCCGACCAGGAUAUUGCUGCUCGACCGAGGAAUACCGUAUGACUUAUGGGACACAGUAAUGAUUAUGCUCUCGAUAGUAAUUGGCUCUCUUUUAGGGUACGGUGCAGCCAGAGUGGCUAGGCCACGCCGCCUUCCGGCAGCCCCCUUCCUUCUGGUUUUGAUGCUCACCACCACUACUGAAAUAGGAGCAGACUUGGUGUGGGCAGCAAUACAUCAUCCGCCAGCGCUAGCCGCUAUCUCCACCACAGCCCCCUCUCUCCCAAAGUUGUAUGCAAAAAACUGCUCCGCCAGAUUGCCUUGCAUACCAGAUAUACCGUUAACCAUCAGACCCAUACGUUUUGACCUUCCCAUCACCAAUGAUGUGGUCAUUUUUUCCACUAAUAGUAACCCCUCGUGUCACCGGGGAUCCUGCGUUAGCUUCCUGCCCCUCCUUGUAAAAUGGUACAAUACCUCCCUGACGGUGAGGUUGUCUGUCCCAUCCCUGCAUUCGCCUGGAUGUUUUAAAGCUGGCACACUUAGCGGCGGAGUCAUCACUUUUAACUCAACCUGCAAACCCCGAGCAGCCAUGCACACCCGUCCCGAUUUCCCCACAUGCCCAUACCGUGUGUCCCCAAGCCGAAAAAGACAGAUGGUGGACCUGUCACAACUUUCAUGGCAGCCCUGUACUGUCGACGGCGUGGGAGUGACUCAUCUAAACAUGUCUUGGUGGUCCCGGUUCUCUCCUCCAUCCGGUAGUAACAACAUAUUCGCGUUGACCUGGUGGGAGUCCUACCUGAGAGUGAACAACAAGUGGGCAAUAAGCUUCCCCUUCCCCCUUAAUGAAAAUUGGUUGUGCCUCUCCACCGGAGCCUGCAUGGACUUAAGACCCAUGCUCGCUAUUAACGCUUCUGCCUCUAAUGGAACCACCAAUGUCACCCUUAAUUCUGAGGCUGCAUGCGUAAAACCGCCCUACUUAUGGGUAUUCUCUGCUGACAUCUCCUUUAAGUGCAGUAACCAACCAUGCUUUACAGGGAACUGCUGAAAUGGGUCUUUCCCGUAUGCUAUGUUGGCUCUUCGACCCCCACUGAUGUGGGUUCCCUUUAACGAAUCUGUUUGGGUUCAUCCCGUCUAUCAGCAGGACCAACUACCCAUGCUCAGACGUAAGAGAGAUUUUGAGAUCACAGCGGCCCUGACAGCACUGUUCGUGACUCUGACUGCGACGGCUGUGACGGCUGCCGUUGCUCUGACCCAGUCUACGCUGACGGCUCAGGCCUUUACCAAUCUUAUGGACACCACCUCCCUGGCGCUGAGGGAGCAACAAGAAGUCAACCUCCUCCAGCACAACGCCAUAAUGGCGUUACAGCAGCAGAUCGACCUAAUCGCUCAGGAAGUCCAGGGACUCUGGGAGGUGGCUAACAAUUUAUGUGACGCCAGAUGGGCAUUCACCCAGUUGUGCGUUACCCCCAUCCAGGUCAACCGUUCGGCUUACAGGCAAUUUCAGGAUUAUGUUCUCACCACCUAUAAUUCUUCCUUUUGGAACGCUAGCGUGCGCCUGGAUAUGACUAUCCGGCAGCUAGAUCAGAUAGAGGUGCCUAUACUUACAGCCUCCUUUUUUGAUGAUGUCCUAAGCCAGAUAGGCUCUUUCUUCAAACCUUCGUCACUUCUUGCGUAUGGGAUCAUUCUUGCUCUUGUGGCUGUCACUCUCGUGACUCUUAGGUGCCUGCGGUCGAUAAGGGCGACCCAAAAGACACAUAUGACAUUGAUGAUGUUGCUGGCCCAGAGUCAAGGGGAUUCCACACCUAGCGUUUUCUGGGCUCAGGCUAGAAAGGCACGGCUCCUUUAACCAGUACGUGGCUGCCCUCGCCAUUAUUCUUACGGAUGUUCUAGUAUUAUUACGUACGUCUCCUUCCCCGUCGCGGCUGCGAACUUAGACUAGAAGGACCCCACGCUUAAGGCGUGUUCCCAUUGAUAAUUAGAAAAUAGUAAUUAGUGAUUGUAGUGAACGGGGAUUAUGGUUGGUAAUUAGUGAUUACGCGGUUCCUCAAAUGUCACUCGGCAGACCCCUCCGUGUCUCCCCCAAGAUAUAAGCUUUAAGAGUUGAGUGGGCAAGCCAACGACGGGUAAGACGGGAGAAGUUCUCCUGAUCAACCUAAGACAGGCUCUACUCCAAGGGUCCUCUAGGGAGUAAGAGUUAUGACAUUGAGAUGCGAGACCAAGGGUACUACAGUGCCAUCCGCCUCAAGGGUUGAGGGGAAGGCAGGAAUGAAUGUCUAUAUGCAUCCAGGUUCGGUUCACAAAAGCCUGGCCCUGCGAAAAAAUGAACCACUCACCUUGAGCAUGGUCCUGGCGCAAGGAUAUGUACGAGACAAGGUGAUACACAGCAGGGUAUAGACCUCUACAUUCUCUCAUGCCUCGGCCUGCGAAAUAGGCCCACUCCCAGACACCUCACAUGGACCCACAGACCACACUAUCUUAAUAAAUAAAGAAGGGGGAGAUGUUGGGAGCCUGGCCGAGUGAUAUGAGGCCUGUGGUGAGGAGUGAAGCCUGAGCUAGAUUGCCCCUCCCGUCGACCGAGUGAUAUGAGGCCUGUGGUGAGGAGUGAAGCCUGAGCUAGAUUACCCCUCCCAUCGAGUAUGCCAAGAUGGCGCCCAUUUCCUGCUCCCUAGCUAGUAAACAACACGCCCUGUAAGCUAGUCUGCCCAGCAACAGCUGACGCUGGCCAAUCAGCUCGUCUUGCCUACUUUGAUGUGAUUGGUCGAUGUGUCCAUAUAUAUGCUGACACCACCCCUGGGGCGAAAACACACACACCAAGAAGAGGGACUGCUGAGAGAAGCACACAAGGAGCCGUAGGGAACGGACCAGAGGAGGCUUCCCUCAGGCGGGAUCCGAGAUCCCGGAACAGGGCGUACGGAGAGAGAAAAUAAACCAGAGGCUAUCCGCCGA